AUGGAGCUCACCUUCUAUGGAGAGGAUACACCAAGGAAAGAUCUAAAUGUGAUGUCAGGUCCCCACAAGUGCCAUGAGGAGAACAGAACAGGGACAGCCUCACUCCUCACCCUCUGGAGCCUGCCCACCACUGCCCAGCUCACUAUUGAAUCAGUGCCGCCUGAUGCUGCCGAAGGGAAGGACGUGCUUCUCCGUGUCCACAACCUGCCUGGGGAUCUAUCCGGCUGUAUCUGGUACAAAGGGGAAAGUAUAAAAAGCCACCUUAGAAUUCUAUCAUAUGCAGCAGACACUCAAGCAGUUACCCUCGGGCCUGCAUACAACCAUCGAGAGACAAUAUACCCCAAUGGAUCCCUGCUGUUCCAGAAAGUCACCCUGAAGGACACAGGAUACUACACCCUACUGGCCAUAGACAAAGAUUAUGAGAGCAAAGAAGUAACUGGACAGCUCCGUGUACACCAGCCAGUGGGGAAGCCCGCCCUCCGAGCCAGCAAUGCCACAGUCACAGAGCAGAAGGACACCGUGGUCCUGACCUGCCUCACAUAUGACAUGGGGAUCUCCAUCCGGUGGCUCUUCAAGAACCAGAUUCUACCUCACAAGGACAGGAUGAAGCUGUCCCGGGACAACAGCAUCCUCACCAUCGACCCCGUCAGGAGGGAGGACGCUGGGGGUUAUCAGUGUGAGGUCUUCAACCCCAUCAGUUCCAGCAAAAGUGACCCUCUAGAGCUGGACGUACAAUAUGAUCCAACGCUACCAAGUCCUGGCCUCUCAGAUGGGGCUAUUGCUGGCAUUGUGAUUGGCAUCCUGGCUGGCGUAGCUCUGAUAGCAGCCCUGGUGUACUUCCUGCAUAUCAGAAAGACUGGAGGGGCAAGCGACCAGCGCGACCUCACAGAGCACAAACCCUCAGCCUCCAACCACAGUGAGAGCCUCUCUGACAAUUCACCUGACAAGAUCCAUGAAGUGACAUAUUCUUUGCUGAACUUCAGUGGCCAAGAAUCAAAGAAACCAACGCCAGCCUCCCCAUCCCCAACAGCCACAGAACCAGUUUAUUCGGAAAUAGAAGUAAUGCAACCAGCCCUGCUCACCACUCAGCUGACUGAUUCCAAGUCUCAUCUCCAUCACUAGGAGACCCCUUUGCCCUCAGGGAAAAGGAGAGGCUGGGACCACAACCCUG